AACAGUGAACUCGUAUGACAGCCUAGCAGGAGAGUUUGGAGUAGGAAUAACUACUGUUUCUCAAAUUUUAAAACAGAUUUUAUCAGUGUUGUGGCAAACACUACAACCAUUGCAUAUGAAGCCACCAACGGAAGAAGAAUUCAGAGAAAUAGCUGAAAUGUUUUACAAGAAGUGGAGGUUUCCAAAUUGUCUAGGUUCUAUUGAUGGGAAGCAUAUACGAAUUGUAAGCCCUAAAUGGUCUGGUUCUAUGUUUUUAAAUUACAAAAAAUACUUUUCAAUAGUUCUGCAGGCUGUGUGUCAUCCAGACUGUAAAUUUACUUUUAUUGAAGUUGGAGCAUUUGGGAAACAAAGUGACGGAGGCACUUUCAGGAUGUCUAUUUUGUACGAUAAAAUGGUGAAAGUCAUGCUUCACAUUCCUGAAGACGACUUUCUACCAGGUACUGCUGUUGAAGCCCCCUUUGUCUUCAUAGGAGAUGAAGCGUACCCUCUUCUCAGACACCUGAUGAAAUCUUUUGCCAGGAGAAAUCUUGAUUGCUCGAACGAAAAGUUCAACAAAGUUCUUUCACGAACUAGAAAAACUGUCGAAUGUGCCUUUGGAAUUACGGCUGCAAAGUGGCGACUACUAAACAAACCAAUUGAAACGAAAGUAGAGACUGCAGAACUGAUUGUGAAAGCUGUUUGCGUUUUACAUAAUGUGAUUGUGGACAAAGAGAAUGUACUGAACAAUGUGGCGUACAGAGAUGUACUUCCUGGAGUUCAGCCAUCAAGAAGAAACAAUGCAGCUCCUGCUGAAGCUAUCGAGAUAAGGAAUCUGUUUAAGCGUUUCUUUAAUGAAUAA